AUGUCGUGGUUUACCAUUGGCGCUGAUUAUCAUCGGCAAAAAUAUGGCGAGCAAGAGGACGCUACGAUAGCCUCGGGGGUGACCACCAGUCAAGUCUUGUUUCCAAUACUGCGCUCUAUUUCCAGAAGAUUUUUAAGAAAAGGAGACAAGUUGGUAGAUUACUGGAUAUGCGAAGGAUUCAUAGACGAAAAGAAAGGGCUAAGGAAGGCUAAAAACAAGGCUCAUGGGAUUAUUGGUACCCUUGUCCAGGCUUGUUUAUUGAUCGAAGAAGGAAGAGACAAAUCACAAGUGAAAAUGCAUGAUGUGGUUCGUGAGAUGGCAUUGUGGAUAGCAAAUGAUUUUGGGAAGGAUGAAGAGAGAUGUAUCGUGCAAGCUGGUGUGGUUUACGUGAAGUACCAACAGUUGAGAACUGGGCAUCUGUGA